AGCGCGGAGUGUUGUGGUGUCUGCUGCCUGCCUCGUGUUAGUGUGGAGCGGAUAGGGCUCAGGAUGAAGGGCAUCAGUAACAUAUUAGUGCUGCUGGUGCCAGGGGCUUGUGUGAGCGCCCAACAAGAGGAAGAUGCAUCUGCUGCACUAUGGGAAUUUCUACAUGCACAUCUGAUGCUGUUAUGGCUCAACAGGUUUUACAUCUAUUCCUGUGCUGCAUUUGGUAUCACUGUCUGGAUCUGCAGUCAUGUCAUCACAGGGAGAAAAAAGAAUCAGGUGGAAGCAUUGUCUCAGAAUGGUACACCCCCAUUAACAAGUAAAGCAAUAACAAAUAAAACGCCUGGUGGAAAUAAGGAGAAGGAAGUCUUUGUUUCUGGAGUCAAGGUUUUCUAUGGAUCCCAAACUGGUACUGCCAAGGGCUUUGCUAGUGCUCUUGCCGAAGAGGUCACUGUUCUGGGCAUUCCUGUGGAAGUUAUUAACAUGAGAGACUAUGAUCCCGAUGACAGUUUGGCGGAAGAGACAACAAGUCGAAGCAUAUGUGUUUUUAUCGUUGCUACUUACACUGAUGGACUGCCUCCUGAAAAUGCAGAAUGGUUCUGCAAAUGGCUAGAAGAAGCCUCCAAUGAUUUUCGCUUUGGAAAAACCUUUCUUAAAGGUUUGAGAUAUGCAGUGUUUGGAUUAGGGAAUUCUGUAUACAGCAGCCAUUACAACACGGUUGGUAAAAAUAUUGACAAGUGGCUGUGGAUGCUGAGUGGCCAGCGGGUCAUGACUCGUGCAGAGGGAGACUGUAAUGUUGUAAAGAGUAAGCAUGGCAGCAUAGAAGCCGACUUCACUGCCUGGAAGGCAAAGUUCUUGAGCAGGUUGGAGGCACUGGUGAUUGGUGAGAAAAAGAAAUGUAGCGGAAAAUGUAAGAAAGGAAAAUGCAAAUCAAAAAGCGAUGAAAUACAUUAUGCAGACAAAGACGAGAACGAACAUGAAGAGUCAGAACAUGAUGGCUCGGAGGAAGAAUUGUAUGAAACAACCAGCGAGUCAGAAUCUGAAAACGAGAAGGAGUCGGGAAGUGGUGGUCUUAUAGAUGUGGAAGAUUUGGGAAAGGCAGUGAGCAGCAUGAGGAAAGCUAAAAGAGACCUGGAUAUCAGUGGAGAGGUGGGAACAGGGAAAUCUGUGCAGAAUUCUGACAAGCAAGCAAAUGAGGAGCCAAGAGAAAUGAUUACACCUGCUCUUCAGGAGGCCCUGACUAAGCAAGUCCAUGCUGAGAGGGCGAGGAGGCUGUUACAAGCACACAUUUUAUGGUAUUGAAAUCACAGAUGUAUGGAAACUACUCCCAGCCUGGCUUGUGCUAACAAAUGUGUUUUUUGCUGGAGACAUCAUACCAAUCCAGUCGGAACGGAAUGGAGGUGGAAGAUGGACCAGCCUGAGAAGAUUGUACAGGAAGCCAUUGAAAAUCACCAACAUAUGAUUAAACAGUUUAGAGGGGUACCGGGGGUAAAGGCAGAUCGAUUUGAGGAAGGCAUGGAAGUCAAGCACUGUGCACUGUCUUUAGUAGGGGAACCCAUUAUGUAUCCUGAGAUUAACAGAUUUCUAAAACUACUUCAUCACAAAGAAAUCUCUAGUUUCCUAGUUACAAAUGCACAGUUCCCAGAAGAAAUAAGAUCACUGGAGCCGGUAACACAGUUGUAUGUUAGUGUGGAUGCAAGUACUAAGGACAGCCUUAAGAAAAUUGAUCGCCCACUCUUUAAGGAUUUUUGGCAAAGAUUCCUUGACAGCUUGAUGGCCUUGGCAGAAAAGCAACAACGAACAGUAUACAGGUUAACCCUUGUUAAGGCAUGGAAUGUGGAUGAGCUGAAAGCAUAUGCAGACCUUGUGAAACUUGGAAAGCCAGACUUCAUAGAAGUUAAGGGUGUGACCUACUGCGGAGAGAGUUCUGCUAGCAAUCUAACCAUGGCAAAUGUACCUUGGCAUGAAGAGGUGGUUAAUUUUGUCCAAGAGUUGGCAAAUAUGCUACCAGAUUAUGAAAUUGCAUGUGAACAUGAACACUCAAAUUGUAUACUGAUUGCUCAUAAAAAGUUCAAGAUAGAAAAUGAAUGGUGGACCUGGAUUGAUUAUGAGAGAUUUCAAGAACUGAUCCGCGCAUAUGAAAAGAGUGGAGGCACAGAGACCUUCACAGCUUUGGACUAUGUUGCAAAAACUCCCAAAUGGGCUCUGUUUGGUUCCACUGAGAGGGGCUUCGAUCCUGUCGAUACACGUUUUCAACGGAAAAAUAAAACGAAGGACAUCUCUGGAUGCUAGCUGACUUCUGUGUUGUCCUUGAUUUUUAAGGUUUCGAAAAAAAAACAUCAAACAUUGCAAUUCUUUAUUUUACUUUAGGUGAAACUCUAUUGUUCAAUUUAUUUCUCAAGCCUUUAGGUCAAACUACAAUACUUUUAGCUUUGGGAAACAAUUACUUUAAUAUUUUAAUUCUUCUUGUUUGACUCUGACUUUUGGGAAAAAUCUUUAAAAAAAAUUAAAUGUUGUACGUGAGGAUUAGAAAAUAAAACCAUGUUUUUGUGAAGGUAUUCAAUAAAGUUCAAGUUUUCUCUUUUUGUAAUAAAAUAAAGGUGCUAUAAA